CAGGGAGCUCAAUUAGCCAGAUUGGAAACCAAAUUAAGUGUUGUUUGGUGGAUGCAGACAAUAUUGUUUGUUUCAGCAAUAUAUUAGGGAAGAGCCUGGAUUGGAGAGAGAAAAAGGGAGAGCACAACCUAGAUUAGUGAGAAAGAGCACAGCCUGGAUUAGGGAGAGAGCACAGCCUGGAUUAAAAAGAGCACAGCCGACAAAGAUGAACAAUGAACUCUUUACCAAAAUAAUUGCUCUGCUGAAAAGAAGAAGUUUUGUACAGCUUGUCAAGGAGGAAGUGUCUGGUACGACCUACAGCUAUGGACCAGCUGGCACACUGCUGAGGAGAAACAUAGCACAAUGUUGGUGGGAAUGGAUGAUGACUUGCCAGGAAAACACCUUUCCUGUGGAGAGUACAAACAGCCAAGAUUCCAGCUGGGACCACUUCCUGGACAUUUCCAAACAGCUGGAGUGGAACCUUCCUUUCUCGAUUACCCAGAGUCGCAGCUACAUUCACACACCUGCUAGCAGCCACAUUGACAAAUUCUUAUUUAAUUCCAGCAGGAAGACAAGCCUUGUGAUGCAGAAUAUCUGUUCAGCUACUUCUGUUAAUCCUAUGUUGGACUCAGCUAUAAGAACACGCCUUAAGUGGUGGAAACAGUUUUCAGGAAAUCCAGCUAAAUUUUCAGUGACUGACCUGCAAAAAACAGAAAGUGGCUAUUAUGCAAAUAUUCAGUACACAUUUCCUUGGGGUAAGGAUGAUGUGGAGACAGUAACCAGUCUUGGGGAUACACCCUUACAGCCGUUCAGGGAAACAUUAUUAUCAGAACAUCAAUUUGUCAAUGGUAAGAAGAAGAGUCUGCCUUGUGUGAUUGAGUGUAAUGCAGUUCUGGAGCAAGGGUUCCUGGCAUUUUUGUUGGAUGCUUAUCCGGCUUACCAUGGACCGUCAAACAAUAACACCAAGGAAUAUGCGUGUUUGCAACUGAACCCUAGACUCACGCCUUAUAAGAUGGCCGUCUGUUACCAAGGUGACAAGUCCAUGGUACUUCAACAGCUAGCUGCUAACAUUGGAAAAAAUCUGAGACAGGCUGGAAUAAUUACACUGAACCAGGUGUCUAACUCUUCACUUGAGAAGAGGAUAUCACAGAAUGAUGAGAUGGGUAUACCUUACACGGCUAUACUACAUGACAGUGUGUUAGAAGCUGGUGUGGUAGAGGUUCGCAGUCGGGACACUACCAUCAAGGAACAAAUUCAUAUCUCUCAGUUGGCAGAAUUUGUGCAAAAGCGUGUGGCUGCAUCAAGCUGAUGGAAUCUUUGGGUAAACGUUAACAUCAUGGUAGACACGGAUGUUUGUCAGAGAUUACUGUGAAAGAUGCACCAGAAAUUCUCACAAAUUUGUACAACAUUUACUGAAAGAAGGAGUUUGUGUUUUCCUGCAAGAUUUAAGAGAUCAUCAAAGAAACGAUGGAAAACCGUACUAAUGAUGUACAACAAUGUAACAGAUGUGUAAUCUUACUAGAGGUGUACAACACUGUAACAGAUGUGUAAUCUUACUAGAGGUGUACAACACUGUAACAGAUGUGUAAUCUUACUAGAGGUGUACAACACUGUAACAGAUGUGUAAUCUUGCUUAAAGUGUACAAGGGAACUGGUAGACAUGCUGUGUAACAGAUGUGAAAUCUUGCUUGAGGUGUACAACACUGUAACAGAUGUGUAAUCUUACUAGAGGUGUACAACACUGUAACAGAUGUGAAAUAUUGCUAGAGGUGUACAACACUGUAACAGAUGUGUAAUCUUACUAGUAAUGUACAACACUGUAACAGAUGUGUAAUCUUGCUUAAAGUGUACAAGGGAACUGGUAGACAUGCUGUGUAACAGAUGUGAAAUCUUGCUUGAGGUGUACAACACUGUAACAGAUGUGUAAUCUUACUAGAGGUGUACAACACUGUAACAGAUGUGUAAUCUUGCUAGAGGUGUACAACACUGUAACAGAUGUGUAAUCUUGCUUGAGGUGUACAAGGGAACUGGUAGACAUGCUGUGUUACAGAUGUGUAAUCUUACUAGAGGUGUACAACACUGUAACAGAUGUGUAAUCUUACUAGAGGUGUACAACACUGUAACAGAUGUGUAAUCUUUCUAGUGGUGUACAA